AUGGAUUGUUGCCCCUUCUUCAUGCGUCGGAAAUGGCAACGACGGAUCGGAUAUCAUCCUCUAUCUGAUGACGCUGUCGGCGAUUCGGAGAACGCGUCGGUGACUGUGGUGGUUGGAAAGGAGAAAAGGGUGUUUGUAGUCGACCCGGUUAUUUUCGAGAAAGACCCGUUUCGGGUUUUGCUUGAAGUAAUGAGAAAGAAGGAAUUGAAAGAGAAGGAUGGAAAUGGAAGAGGAGAAGAAGAAGAGAUUUUCGUCGGCGUCGAUGCGAUCCUGUUCGAACACAUGCUGUGGUUGAUGUAUAAUGACUGUUCUUCUUUGUUUGAACUGAACGUGGAGGAGAUUAUAGAGUUCUAUGCACAAGAUUCUUGA